AUGUCGCUGGACUCGUUUGAUCUUGACCUUGAGAACUUCACCCACCCAGCCAUCUCCAAGCUUAACGGCUCGUUUUGGUUCCAUGAACUCAAUGAAGAGUGUUUCCCGGGCCAGACGUUUGGCCUUAGGAUCGAUAAGGUUCUCCACCAUGAAAAGUCUGAGUUUCAGGAUAUUUUGAUUUUCCAGUCGCUGACGUUCGGCAACGUGCUUGUGUUGAACGGUAUCGUCCAAUGCACAGAGAAGGACGAGUUCUCUUACCAAGAGUUGAUCACUCACGUGCCCAUCAUGAGCCAUCCAUACCCAAAGAAGGUGUUGGUGAUUGGCGGUGGCGACUGCGGAGUUGUUCGUGAGUUGGUAAAGCACCUUGGUAAAGGCGUGGAAGAGAUCACCAUGGUGGAGAUCGAUAGAAAGGUCAUUGAGCUCAGUGUGAAGUACUUACCUGACAUGGCCAAGUUUCACGACCAUCCAAAGGUGAAUAUAGAGAUUGCCGAUGGCUUUCAGUUCUUGCAAGACUUGAGCUCUCAAGAUGAGGGUGGAAAGUAUGAUAUUAUCAUUACAGACUCUUCUGAUCCAGAAGGCCCAGCUGAAGAGUUCUUCCAGGUCAACUACUUUCACUUAUUGAAGAGCGCUGUUAAGCAGGAUGGUAUUGUUAUCAUGCAAAGCAGUGAGAAUAUCUGGCUUAACCUCACCUACCUUAGCAGCUUGAAGGAAAAGGCUCAACAGGUGUUUUCCACCGUGGAGUACUGCCAGUGCUACAUGCCCUCUUACACCAGUGGGCAAUUGGGACUUAUAGUUGCUACCAUGGAUAAAACGAAAAAUUUGAGCAAGCCUUUACGGACCUUGCUGAGAGAACAGGAAGAAAAGAUGUUCAGGUACUACAGUGCUGCGGUGCACGAGGCUGCUUUCGUGUUGCCUACCUGGGCUGAUAGAGCGCUCCGCUAA